GCAUUCUGGUACCGAUUGGUACUGGAUAGUACUGGUGGGUAUCGUUCGGUACUGGUGGGUAUCGUUCGGUACUGGUCAGAUACAAUUUAUACUACAGGAAACAUCCAGAUUUUUAGAAGUCAAAUCGAUGAACUAUUAACAGACCAAUAUCUGGACGACAACCACAUCGACGCCUUCGCUAGUUUGCUCGCUGAGAAAAACAAACUUCGUCCUGGCCUUUAUCAACCAUUUAUUUAUGUUUCGAGUCUGCAUUGGGCAUCCAAGAAAUAUGAUAUGGAAAGUAAGCAGUACGUGUCGCACAUUAACAAAGAUGCAGUAACCGCUUCUAACUUUUUGCUACUGCCAGUAAAUGAUAGUGAACAUUGGACUCUUCUGGUUGCUUGCUUGAAGAAGGCAACUUGGUAUUUUUUUGAUUCGUUACCUAACCCCAUGCAUCGGGCUGUGCUCCCACAAGUGAUUGAUCACUUACACGAGGAAACUCAGGGCUGCUUUCAAACUGAUAUCAGAUCAUGGAAAGUUCUGGAAGCCGAGGGAGUUCCAACACAAACCAACGGUUUUGACUGUGGGAUGUUCAUUUGCAAAUAUAUGGAAAUGUUAUUCAACCUAACGCUGUUAAAUGGGAUUUACUGA